GCCAGCACAGUUGCAGACAAGUACAUUCAGCAUUAUGGAGUCGCGUCCGAACCGCAACGGGUCCCUGCGCGUGGUGCACGGCAACGCCAAUCCAAAGCUGGCCGAGGAUGUGUGCCGCUUCCUGAACAUCCCGGUCACCACUAGCCGUGUCGGCUGCUUCGCCAACGGCGAGACGAAUGUGAAGAUCUUGGAGUCCAUUCGCGGUGACGACAUCUUCGUGAUCCAACCGACCUGCGGCAACAGCGACGGCACCAACGUGAAUCAAGCCGUGAUGGAGCUGCUACUGAUCAUCCACACUCUGCGCCUCUCAUCUGCUCGCCGCGUCAUUGCUGUCAUCCCACACUACGGCUACGCGCGGCAGGACCGCAAGCACACCGGUCGCGUGCCCAUCAGCGCGUCGGCGGUGGCACGUAUGGUGACGGAGAUGGGCGUGAACGGCGUGGUGACGAUGGACCUGCACUGCGGCCAGAUCCAGGGCUUCUUUCACGGCUGUCCGGUCGUCGACCUCAGCCCCAGUUCGGAGUUUGCCGAGUACGUCAAGUCGAAGAACUUCGACCCUAGUAAUGUCGUCGUCGUCGCACCGGACGCAGGGGCGGUAAACCGCGCACGCCGCAUGGGUGACCGCGUCGGCGCCAGCCGCAUCGUGACCAUUCUAAAGCGUCGCGUGGUGGCGAACCAGGUGGAGUCGAUGCAGCUGGUGGGGGAGGUGGACGGUUGUGUGUGCAUCAUCGUGGACGACAUGAUCGACACGGCCGGCACGCUGUGCAAGGCGGCGGAAGUGCUGAAGGAGUACGGCGCCAGGGAGGUGCACGCGUACGCGACGCACGGCAUCUUCACCGACCCGGCGUGCGAGCGCAUUACGGCCUGCGGCGCAUUGGUUGAGGUUGUGGUGACGGAUAGCAUUCCGCAGAGGGAGGCGCAGCAGAAGUGCAAGAAAAUUAAGGUCAUCUCCAUCGCAAAGCUGCUCGCCGACGCCAUUUAUCGCAUGCACUCGGAGGAGAGUCUCGAGACGGUUGGACAAGCGGAAACGUUUAUGGGCAAGCGCGAAGAGGACCUGCAGCCGGUGGAACUGCUGGUGGAGGAGGAUGAAUGGGCACGCCCGACCGAGUAA